AACUGAAACGUCAAUGUUGAACGUCAUUUGUUUUCAAACAUAACCUCGCUGUUUUGUUGUUUCCCGGUUUGAAUUCUCGAUUAAGUAAUAUAAUAACCAUUUAAAUAGCGAAAAUGAAGGAAAACAAUGCAGAAGUUGACCCCAGAAAUGUUGUUAAGAACCGGGAACUGCUUUACCGCAUGAUGAUCAGUCAACUGUUCUACGAUGGAUUCCAGCCAAUCGCAGCUACUUUAGCAGCAGCCGUGCAUGCUGAUCCUCCAUGUCCACCGAGCGACAGGCUACUCAACCUGAUGAUGGUGGGCCUGCAGCACGAGCCAGACCGCAAGGAGCGGCUCACUGUCUCCAAUGGCACUGAGCAUUUGCUCGGCUCGACUGGUUUCGAUCUCGAGUACGAGAUGGACGCGUCCUCUCUAGCGCCCGAGCCCGCUACGUACGAGACGGCGUACGUGACGUCACACAAGAUGGCGUGCCGCGCCGGCGCGUUCAGCAGCUGCGGGCAGCUCGUCGCCACUGGAUCUGUCGAUGCCAGUAUUAAGAUCCUGGAUGUGGAGCGUAUGCUGGCCAAGUCGGCGCCGGAGGAGGUGGACCCUGGGCGGGAGCAGCAGGGACAUCCUGUGAUUAGAACCCUCUACGACCACACCGACGAGAUCACCGCCCUGGACUUCCACCCGCGUGAGCAGAUCCUGGCUUCAGCCUCCCGCGACUGCAGCAUCAAGCUCUUCGACAUCACCAAGGCGUCCGCCAAGAAGGCCUUCAAGUCCAUCACUGACUCAGAACCGGUUCUCUGCGUGGCGUUCCACCCGCUAGGGGACCACAUCAUAGCGACGACCACGCACCCGGUGAUCCGGCUGUAUGACGUCACCACCAGCCAGUGCUUCGUGUGCCCCAUCCCCGACCACCACCACAAGAAGCAGGUGCACUCUAUCAAGUUCUCCCCCAACGGCAAGUACUUUGCCAGCGGCAGCGCCGACGGCUGCGUCAAGCUGUGGGACACCGUGUCCAACCGCUGCUUCAACACGCUGGUCAACGCGCACGACGGGGCCGCGGUCUGCGCCGUCACCUUCACUGGGAACAGCAAGUAUCUACUAACUGCCGGUAUGGACUCUUCGAUCAAGCUGUGGGAGAUUGCGAGCAGCAGAUGUCUCAUCCAGUACACUGGGGCCGGCACUACAGGUAAACAAGAGCACCACGCGCAAGCUGUCUUCAACCACACAGAAGACUACGUGAUGUUCCCUGAUGAAGCCACCACCUCCCUGUGCACUUGGAACGCGAGGAACGCGGCCCGCUGCCAGCUCAUGUCGCUCGGACACAACGGGCCAGUCAGACACAUGGUGCAUUCGAGCACCGCCCCAGCCUUCCUGACUUGCAGUGACGAUUACAGAGCCAGAUUCUGGUUCAGACGAAACACCCACUAGAUCUAUCAUGACGUAUGUAUUUCUACCUACUAUAUUUACUGACUUUAAAGUUAUUAUUUCCUUAAUAAAUACUGUAUGCGUAUGCGAAUAGGCGCGAAUUGAAUGAAAUAUGCUGUGUUGUAAGCUUGUAAGUUAAGGUAUUACGUAAGGUAGGUUAAGAUUUAUUAAGAAUAAAUGUGUCGAAAAAUAUUAAA